GCAUGUGGUAAUGCUGUAGGAUAGGUCCAAAAAUAACACUGCGUCUCACCCUCUUUACCAUGUUCGGUAGGGGUGGUAAUAUAUAAAGGAAGGGCUUGUUUGGGUUUAUCGUUAGGUAAGAUUGGUCCAUAACAAAUGAGAUGGGGUAUAGAUGCGGUUCAUUUUCUACAACAUAAUCCUUAUUUCCCCAUAAUUGAUGUUUGUUUUUUGCACGUUUUUAGCUAUGAAAAUAGAAACGGGGACGAUGAAAGUGCUACAAACAUGUUCACACCUCCAAUUGUAUUCCUGCUACAUGUUGCAAUGAAAGUUGCGUAAUAUUUGUGUCGACUGUACACUAAAUUUCCUUGACAACAAACACUUCUUUAGGUGUUUUGCAGCAACCAAUAAAUUAGGCCAAUUAACACCGUAAUGACGUCUCACACGGAUUGUCAUCGUGUUUUCCCAAUUAUUUGAUAUUGCACUACAUGUAUCUCAAAGGAACAGGCCAUGUCAUUGACUACAUGUCAGUUCAAGCAUAAAAAUCGUGUCAAUUCUCACGGAUUGUAUACAGUCAUAACAGUGUCAUCAGUGGAGCAUACAUUGGUGUAUUGACCACUAUUGAAGUCAUGGAAUAUCGUCUUAUUGAAAUUCACUGACGAAUGUGGAAACAUUCCUAGUUGUUAGGUUGGACAACCACCGAAGAUCGUAUUUGUUUCCGUAUACGUGACAGUGCGAAAGGACACUUUCUGGUGGAACAGAUUGGGCUUAUCAGUAAACUUACAAGUAACAAGUACAUAAGACGUAACGAUGUUUUAAGUGGCUCUUGGAAAGCGCACUGAGUAAAGGAUGCGUCUAUUUACACGCGCGACAAGAUAGAAUUCGGACGUACAUGUAUUUUCGAAACCAGGAGUGAGAUCUUCAAUCUUUUUAUCACAUGUAUACAGUUCUACAUGAAUACAUGAAUUUCGGAUUUCGUUGAUCCUUCAAAUCUUUCUCGUAGUCUAAAUCUGACACUAGUCGCUUAGAAAUAUUCUAUUGGUGGGAUUUGGAUCAGGCAUCAUGACGAACUCGAAAGAGGAAGCAGCCUCAUCCAACCGGCGUCCUUUUAAUAAGCCAUGGAAAACGACACCAACGGCCACAGACACAUCGACGCUCGAACCUCAACUUGAUCCAGAAAUUAACCCGAUCUACCAGGGAUUAAACCGAACAAAUAAAGAUGUUAAAAAGUCACUUUUCGCUAACUAUCGAGAGGAAUUGACUUUGAAUCGGGUGUUGAAGAUAUACAAUAAUCAAUGCAAGGGUAAGGUGGUUGGAAUACGUUACGGUCAGCGCCACCUAUGGAGGAAUUAUCAAAAGUUACAAAACCGAAAGGAGAUGAUCGUGCGAGCGCGGAGUGCACCGGAACAGCUUGAAGAGGACCAGGAUGAGUCGGAGGAACUGGAACCGGAAAGGCCACUGACAACAACUGUUCAUUUCUUUGGAACUGACAUUAAAACUCGCCCCCUUAGUGGUAAUGUUAGAGACAUUGAAACAAUCGCCAGAGAAAAUAAACCCGUUUAUUCAGGGAAUACGUUCUCAGCAGACGACCGGGACAGAACUCAUGAAGUGACGUCACCAUCGAGCAAAUCGUCAAUAGUUUACCAUGAGGCGAAACGGCCGAAAAGUACGAAGAGGGUCAAGGUGAACUCUCGACCCCAAAGUGCGGCCAUAGCCACAUCUCGACCUCAAAGCGGUGUUUUUAUCACUCAACGACUGAGUACCCCAGAGCGUUUCAAUUCUGCAAUCUCCCGCCCAAGAUCACACCAAUACCGGACUGAACCCUCAGCGUAUGACGUCAUAGCACAACAAAAGGACAUUGAUCCGCACGUGCUCCCGGGCGAUAUUGACAGAAACCGUUUCAUAAACAGCUCAUAUUAUCGAAAAUCAAAAUCUCCACGGUUGAGAGACCAUUUAUCUAAUGAAGUGGCUGUUCUGUUUAGACAAAUGAAAAUUAAAGUAUGAUACCAACAGGUUUCAAAUGGUCGAAAAUACACUUGCAGUAAAAAACCCUUCCAGCUGAAAUCUGAAUACCGCGUACCGGGUAUAUACAAAACAAAUUACCUUUCCCUCUUGUGAAAAAGUACUAGAAACGGUAACACAGCAUGCAGACCACGAGAAAAAAAUCGCGAUGGCAAUUUCAUCAGACAAGUUUUAAGCGGGUUUGAAGUACACAUACUGGUACGUAUUUAUCAGGGCCCUUUUGUCCACAGUCUGAACUGUGAGCAUGCUUUUAAUAUAGAAUCAUCGCCUUUAUGUGUAUUUGUGUAUUUGUUUAAUGAACACUAUGUAUAUAAAAGCUUACUUUUAUUAAUAAAAAUCCAAUAUACG